GGCUAUGAGAUAGUGCGUAUAGAUGUAGUCGGACCAAAUGACAGAAUACUCCUCAUUCAGUGGGAAUACUUCGAACAACUCACAUAGACGAUUUCAAAAAAAAAAAAUACGAAAAAAUAUAACCAAAUCUUUAAACUUAAAAAUUUAAUCAAAUCUUGAAACUUUGACUUAACAAAAUGCCACCUAGAAAGAGAGUGGCCCAUACCAAAAAGAAAACUGAUGACAACGGCGACCAGGUUGUUCAUGGCAGUCAGGUGCCAAGUUGGCUAACCCCAACCAACUCGGAGGCACGCCUCAGUGAUAUAUAUGAAACUAAUCUGAUUUACAGAAAUCAAAGGCCGCAGGUAAUGACAAGAAACGCAGGGAAAUUUGAUUUAAAGCCAAAACAAUCUGAGCAGAAUUUGCUUUACGAUGAUGGGGGACGGGGAAAUAGUAGGGUUUUCCCACAAUCCUCGGCUAAUUAUGACAGGCCACUUACCAGUACUACGCAGAAUACCAUAAAUACUCAAGUUCGUAAAAUCGAUGAACCCUACUCAUAUGGAUCUACAACGCCAAACUUAUCCAGGCGUUCCCAAAGAAACCUAAACAAAAACAAGGAUACUUUGGAUAAUACAUCAACACAACUUCCCAUAUGACCCAGAUGGCCUAAUGUAGAAUCCGAUUUCGAGAGUGCGGAUACCAACCGCGGCAGGGCUAAUAGAGAUAGUAACGCAGAAGGCAAGUUAUCAUGCAAUAACGCAAUCCGUAAAAGCAAAUCAAAAGUUGAAUCUUACUUUUCGGAAGCAGAAGGGAAUCCAAAUGUUAGUUUCGGAAAUAAUAUUCCUAGAAAGGACGUUUCUACAUAUUUUUCGGACGCUGGGAACAGGACCACGAGAAAGCGAUCAACUACAACAAAACAAUUUUUAAUACCCGCAGUGCCCGAGGAAAUUAAAAAAUAUAACGAAGAAUGUGUGAAAAAAGCUCAAGAAUUGAAAAAUAAAAAAGCCCCGAUUCCAGAUAUAAGCAGUAAAAACGUGGAAAACAAGACAGCUGCGAAAAUCGGCUCACUGAAUUAUAAUCCGGCAGAGAAAAAUACAAAGACUAAGCCAUAUUUUUCGACUGUUGAUGCCAAUAUAAAUCUAAAUACGAAAGAAAUCCUUCAGGUGAAAACUAAAAAAGAAAAGGAUCUACAAGAAGCACUUUAUCCGAGUAUGCCUCUGCUUUUUGAUGAUAUCAAACAGAAACCGCCUCCACCCAAAAAAGUGAUUUCUGAUUCAAAUUACCGAUUGGAUGAGAUUUCCCGCCAAAAUGCUUCUAAAGAAGCCAAGAAGAGUGAUAAGUUUUCCUCUAAUUUCAUAACUAAAUCGUCUACACCGAAAAAUGGGCAUAAUGACUUAAGUUUCCGAUUAGAUGAGAUGAGCCGGAAAAAUGCUUCUAAGGAAGCUAAGCGCAGAGAUGAGAAGUUUCCUUCAGUUAUUAUAACUAAACCGUCUACACCCAAAAACGUGAUGACUGAUUCUCGAUCAAUCGAAUCUCGAUUGGAUGAGAUGUGCCGCGAAAAUGCUUCUAAGGAAGCUAAAAAGAGAGAUGAGAAGUUUCCAUCUGUUAUUAUAACUAAACCGUCUACACCCAACAACGUGUACCCUGUUUUGAAAUCUAAAUUAGAUGUGCUGAGCCGCGAAAAUGCAUCUAAGGAAGCUAAAAAGAGAGAUGAUAGGUGUUCAUCUAAUCUUAACCUUAAUAUCUUUCCCAAGUACGGGACUCAAAAUAAUGAAAAUGUCAAUAUUAAUAAUCAUCCAAAACUAGAAGCCAUUCAGAACUUUCAAGUUAGUGAAAACGUUGAUCCUAUUUUUGAUUUUGACCCAGUAAACAAUUUCAGUUAUGAGAUCAAAAACAAAAACCAAAAUCACUUUGAUAUCAACCCAACUGCCGAAGACAAUAAAAGCAUUGAUCAAGAUUUUUUUGAUUUGGUUUCCGCUCUUGGCGAAAGUCCAGAAUCUAUUAAAAAGUACACAAAUAUUGAAGACGAAGUAAUUGAUAAACGUCUUAAUGAUGAAAUUCAAUCUAUAUAUGACGCUAUGAAUAUUAAUAAUAAUAUCUCAGACCCAUUUCAAAACCCUGAACCGUUAAGUGAGGCUGAAAUUGAUGCUCGUCUUCAGUCAGAGCUAGAUUCUUUACCCAUGGUGGAGCCAGAACGUCCACUGGAAUCAACCCGAGAUAGUAUACUGCAAAGACCACGCGAUGCAGUUCAAAAUUUCCCGGAAUAUAACAAACUCCCAAGGCAGAAUGAGCUAUUUAAUCAUCCACUUGCAGCAACAUCCACUAACCACAUGAUCAACAAUGCCAUGGCGGUGGUAGGUCCAGGCCUUUUUCCGGGUCCCAGUAGAGUAGCUCCUAAUCAUCAUCGCACCUUAACACAAGUGCCGAUAGUCACGCGAUUGAAGGGAGCACAAGGUGAGGAUAUAUCUGUAAAGUAUACCACAGGACCGGAUGGGCUUAUCACCAAUGUGCAAAUGGAGCAGCCAUCGAUUGCAAAGGGCAAGGAACUGGAGAGUUUUACCGCCAGUCAGCUGCACCAGAUCUUGCAGAGUGGUCAACCAUAUAUGUCACUGCCUAUGACCAAUCCUGGAGCUAUGCCCAAAGAACCAUUAAAAGUCAAGGAUACAGGUAUUCUACCCGAACAAGCGGUUGAAGAUGAGGAGGUAGACUACGAGGAAAUCGGUGUGGCCGAUACCUUUGCUGCUUACUGGCCCAGCAAGCUCAAAUUUGGAAAGGCACAUCCCGAUCCCGUGGUGGAAACGGCCACAUUGUCGUCUGUAGAGCUACCCGACAUCACUUACCAACUGUCAUUGCCCUCGAAGACCAUGGAUUGUUUGAGUGCCCUUCAGCUGGAGGCUGUAGUCUAUGCCUGCCAGGCUCACGAGCAAAUCCUGCCCAGUGGUGACCGAGCUGGUUUUUUACUUGGUGACGGUGCCGGUGUGGGCAAAGGUCGAACUAUCGCAGGAAUAAUAAUGGACAACUUCAUAAAGGGCCGCAAACGUGCCCUUUGGGUCUCCGUCUCCAAUGAUCUUAAGUUUGAUGCCGAGAGGGACCUAGCCGAUAUAGGAGCCAGCGAAAAGAUCAAUGUGGUGGCCAUCAGCAAGUUCAAAUACAGCCGCAUUGAUUCGGAGGAAAACGAUAACUUUAAAAGGGGUGUGAUAUUCUGCACCUACACCGCCCUCAUCGGAGAAUCUCUAACGGCCAAUUCCUCCAAGUAUAGGACCCGACUCCGCCAGUUGGUCCAAUGGCUGGGCAAGAAAUUCGAUGGAGUGAUUGUCUUUGACGAGUGCCAUAAGGCCAAGAACCUAAGUCUAAUGAACGUUGGUAAGUCCACCAAGACGGGAACUACAGUUAUGGAAUUGCAACAAAUGCUGCCAAAAGCAAGAGUGGUCUAUGCCUCGGCCACGGGGGCCAGUGAACCCAGAAAUAUGGCAUAUAUGGAAAGGUUGGGUCUCUGGGGUUCCGGUACCGCCUAUCCAGAGUUCUACGAUUUCGUAAAUGCCGUUGAGAAGCGGGGCAUUGGAGCUAUGGAAAUCGUGGCUAUGGAUAUGAAGUUGAGGGGAACCUAUAUAGCUCGUCAGCUUAGUUUUAAGGAUGUAAGCUUUCGCAUCGAGGAGGUGCCCAUGUCGAAGGAAUUCCGCAAAUGCUACAACAUGGCUGCCGAGCUCUGGGCCGAAAUAAACAAAAAGUUUCUCAAGGCCUGUCGCCUGAUGUGCAUCGAGAAUAGGGUCCAGAAGAUUAUCACCUGUCAGUUCUGGUGCGCCCAUCAGCGUUUCUUUAAGAACCUGUGCAUCGCCUCCAAGGUGAAUCAUGUGGUCAAGAUGACACGCCGAGCCACGCGAAUGGGCAAGGCAGUGGUGAUUGGCUUACAAUCUACUGGAGAGUCACGCACCAUAGAACAUCUCGAUCGUCAUGAUGGCAGGCUGUCAAACUUUGUGUCUACCUCGAAGAUGAUAAUCCAAUCGUUUGUGGAGAAACAUUUUCCAGCACCCAAACGCGACUCCUUUCACACUCUACUGAAUACCGGACAAUUUGUGCCGGAGACACGUUCUUGUCCACAAAAGGCAAAAAGAGCUAAGAUGAAUUCGGAGUGGUUCGACGAUGACAUGGAUGCCGAGGCCGGGGAGAGCGAUAUUGAGAUGUAUGAGAGCAACUGGAGGCCAGAUGACGACCGUUUGAAAACUGGACAGAAGCGACGGGGACGUCCACCCAAGGCCAAGAUGGAGAAGAUCACCAUGCAGGAGCGUAUACUGGUGCACCUUCACAAUAAUAUGAAGGCUCAGGAUAAUGAUGCCGACGCCACGUAUACUUUUGACAACACAAAGCCACAAAAAGCAAAUAUCACCGAACGAGAUGUGGAACGUUGUAUCAAUUCCCGUGAGUUACUGCUGGAAAAGAUCGAGAACUUGGGAAGGAAAUUGCCACCCAAUACACUGGAUAAACUAAUCUCAGAACUAGGUGGCACCAAUAUGGUGGCAGAGAUGACAGGCCGUCGUGGAAGAGUGGUACGAUCUGAUGGCUACAAGUAUGAGCCACGUGGCGAGGAUGACUCAACGAUGGACCUGGUCAACUAUCGGGAGAAGCAGCGCUUUAUGGAUGGCAGUAAACACGUGGCCAUCAUUUCAGAGGCGGCAUCUAGUGGAAUUUCUCUACAAAGUGACAAGAGAGUGUCCAACCAGCGUCGUCGUCUGCACAUCACACUCGAACUACCGUGGAGUGCAGAUAGGGCCAUCCAACAAUUUGGACGCACUCAUCGCUCCAAUCAGGUCAAUUCACCUGAAUAUGUAUUUGUGAUUACAGAUCUGGCUGGGGAGCGGCGUUUUGCCUCCACGGUGGCCAAGAGACUGGAGAGCUUGGGUGCUCUGACCCAGGGCGAUCGACGUGCCACCGAUGCCAGGGAUCUUUCCCAGUUCAAUAUCGAUAACAGCAUUGGUCGCAAUGCUCUGGAUACUGUGAUGCAACAGCUAGUAAACGCUAAGCCUGUGGAUCCUGCCGAGAUACCCCAAUCAUAUGAAGGUGAUUUUCUUUACGAUUGCUCAGUGUCGAUGGCCGGUGUGGGAAUGCUUAAUGUACGCGAGGAAGACAAGGUUAAGGUGUUCAGCGUAGAGAAGGAUAGUAGUAACAUAUCCAAGUUCCUUAACCGAAUUCUCGGCUGUCGCGUGGAGAUCCAGAAUGCUCUGUUCAAAUUCUUUCUAGACAAGAUGUACACACUGAUCAUGCAAAUGAAGCGCACGGGGCGUUUCGAUCUCGGAAUCCUAGAUCUGGAUGCCCAUGGAGCCAGUGUUAAGUCCGUUAAGUUGAUGAGGUUCAUUAGGAAUCAUGCCACUGGAACUGCAGCCACUGAGCUGCACACAGUGACAGUGGAACGGGGCAUGUCAUUCGAAGCAGCUUUGGCCAAAUAUCGAAAGGAGGGCCAGCACGAACAUGAUGGCUUUUAUAUUCUACAGCAGCUGCGGCAUAAUAAGAACGCCUCCAUUUUGUGUCUGCAAUCACAGCCCAAUUCGACAGAUGGAUCCACUGGAAAGGUCAAUUUGCAAAUCUUUCGACCCAAUACAGGUCCCCAAGUGCGCUUGGAGUCACUGAACUCUAUUGCAUCACGAUAUAUAAAGGUAAAGCCAGAAGAGGCCCGUGAUUUGUGGCAGAAGCAGUUCGAUUUGUGCUUGAAUACCUGCUCCCAUCUAUACUGGAAUCGGAAGUGUCCGUGUCCGACGGCCUGUGAAGUUGGACUACGAGUUCGCACCUACCACGUGCUCUCUGGGUUAAUGCUGCCUAUUUGGGACCGAAUCGAACAGCUUAUAGACAAAAGCGGACAUAAGAUCCAGAUCAUACGCGUCAAGACCGAUGUUAAUAAGAAGAUUGUGGGCACGGUUGUACCGCAUGCAGUCUAUAAUGAUCUGGUGAAGGAUUUGUCCACGGACUCUAUCGUGGAGAGCCUUUAAAAGUUCACCACCACCACCUCACAUACCCUAUAUGUAUGUAUAUACAUUAUAUAUAUAUUUAUAGCAUGCAAUCGACGCAGCCAGUGCUCUUCUAUUGCCACUUUAAAAAUAUCAACUCAAAUUGUGGCAUUCAAUGCAAUACAUGUGGCGUAAGCUUUCGCUUUUUCAAAAUGCCAGGCACGCUCCACCAGCUCCACCCAGGAGGAGCAGCACCACGCCGCUGUUCCCGGCCAUAAACAAUGGCCACAAAAGCACAUACGGGAAGACACUUACAGCUCGUCUGCGUGCGUAUGUGAUUCAUAUGUAUUGUCUGCAGUGCUGCGGGGUCUGCUACAUAAGCACCGGAAAAAAUAAAACUUGACAUCAAAAAAUAUAUGGAUUUUAAUUUAAUGAGAGUAAGAACUAAGGUUUUCCAUUGAUUUUAAAAACCAUUUUCAAGGUCUUUUCGGGUUAUUCACUGAUUUUUAAAUUUCUGUAUUGCUUAAAAAACAUAAAUAUUUUUAAUUUUUCGUGCAGCAUUUAUUUCCUCAGUGCUGUUUCUUUUCCAGUUCUGCACUCUUGGGGGAAUCUGUACAACGUCUGUGAUUGCAUUGCAUGUUUUGUCUUGUUUCCAUUGCUAGGAGACCAACUAAGGCUGCCCCUCUCGG